ACUAGGAAGAAAGAUCCGGCAAUCUACUUCUGAAUAUCAGCUGAUGAAAACUCUAUUGAUCCCAAUAGUCUGAUUGGCAACCAAUCGUGGGGAUGGUGCAGGACUGAGCAUUGUUUCAUUCCAUUGUACGUGAGGUCACCGUGAGUCAGGGUCGACUCAAUGGCAGCUAACAACAACAGCAACAAGAAUAAAAGACAAAUAAAAAUCCUUGGAGGAUAUUUAGGAGGAGUGGAUGAGUUAACGUACAGAAAGUGGUUAGCAUAUAGUAGGUUCUUAAAAAAACACAAGCCAGUUUUAAGCCCAUUUCUCUGUCCAGCCUGGAGGACUCCUUGGAGGAGGUGGCAACAUAAGCUACAAUAAGAGAGCAAAGGUUUGUGGGGGGGAGACCAGUCUUGACUCUCUCUCCUCCCUCUCCCAGGUGCCACUCCCAGGAAGCCAUGACGGAGACCAGGAAUCUGCCUCCACCACUGCCCCCACGGCUGGACUGGUUCGUGCACACCCAGGCGGGCCAGCUGGCCCAAGCCGGAGUCCCCACGUGGUUCCACGGUGCCAUCUCGAGAGAGGCUGCGGAGAACUUACUGGAGCCACAGCCACUGGGAUCCUUUCUCAUCAGGGUCAGCCACAGCCACGUGGGCUACACGCUCUCCUACAAGGCCCACGGCUGCUGCCGCCACUUCAUGGUGAAGCUCCUGGACGAUGGGAGCGUUAUGAUCCCUGGGGAGAGGGCGGCGCACACCUCACUGGAUGCCCUGGUCACCUUCCACCAGCAGGAGCCAUUGUGGCCAUAUGGGGAACUGCUGACCCAGCCCUGUGGGCAGGAGGAUCCUGCAAACAUAGACUAUGAGGAUCUCUUCCUUUACUCCGAUGCAUUGGCCCAAGAAACCGCCAGCCCCGCCCAUGACCCCAGCGAGCACCAGGGGCUCUCCCCAUGUCUUGUCUGCCUCCCGUCUCAGACUGUGGGCUCCGGGAAGACUGGGAAUCCAUCUGGCUUGUUCACCACUGCGUCCCCCGCCCCUCCAAGAGGACCUGACACAUCGAAGGCCUCCCUAAAGCCGGUCCUGCUCCGCUGGCCUAAGGAAAGGAAGCCUUCAGCAGAGAUGGAUGGAGCAUCCCCGGAGAACACCGCCUCCUCCUGCCCCACGAAAACCCCUUUCCAGGUCACCUGCCGGAAACUCUGGAAGAGCCUCAAGACACUCCCCCAAACGGGCAAGAGGGUCCAGCAGCAGCUGAAAUCCCACCUGGCGGCUGUGAGCUUGCCAUUGCUCUGGGAUACUAGGUGGUCCGCGGCAACCCACGGCUCGGGUGCCAGGGCAAGUAGCCAUGAGGAUGCGGGUGGUGCGAACUGGGAGGACAACGCCUAUCCUGACGCCUUUGAGAGAGCCCAGGCACCCCACAGACCCCCCAGAGACAGAAAUGCCUUUUCCAGAGAGGCCUUUACGUCAGUCAGCUGGAACGGAGUUUCCGCAGAGGACAGGGGUCUGCACCGAGUAGUAGUGAGGUCCCCAUCAGAGCAGGUACCCAAGCAGGAGACGAGGGGCUUGGUGGAGCCCCAAGACUGGCUCCCUGAGGAAUACCGCCCACCACCACCGUUUGCCCCUGGAUACUGCUAGAGAAGGGUCUGCCUGGCUCCGGGACCCUUGUGCCAGGGGUGCCCACCCUUGGACCCCCUUGCUCACUGCCACUGUACCAUGCCAGCCCGCAGGAAACCUGGGAAUAAAAUAAAGACAUUUCUUGGAUCUGGUCUGGCACCUGCAAAUGACCUGGUUAUUUUAAUCAUCAUCAGAGUAGCAGCAGUGGUGUGGGGCGCCUACUGUUUGCCUGGCCUCUGAGUUUGUUAAUGCUUUUAUGCAGAGGAGCAGGCCCACCAGGUAAGCCCAUUCUCUGCAUUUUUGAAGGGAGACUGAGGCUCGGGGAGGAGAAGAGGUGUGCUCAGUCCGAGCUUCUUCCACACCUUGUCUGUUUUCUGGUCCAAAACCACACAGCAAGAACCCUUGCCAGCUGGGGCUGCACCGGGGCUCAACGCCGAGUAUGUCUGAACCUGUAAAUGGGCCCUUCUUCUCAGAUCCUGUGCAGGCAAAAGAGGUGAAGUGUGUCGACUGCUUUGCGCAUCAUUAAUGUCGGUAUUAGGAGACGCAUAAGAGCCCCUUUCAUUUAACAAGGGAGGAGGCAGCAGUAUUGCGUGGGGACAGGCUCUGGAAGGAAUCCAUAUCAUGGUGCUGUGUGACCUUUGGGGAGGUGCUGGACCUCUCUGUGCCUCCGUUUCCUCGUCUUGGAGAAAUUGGUGAUAAGAGUAGUCCUUCCUUUGCAGGAUGAACUGACAGGAUAUGUGGAAAACCUGGGGCUUUGGUACACAGGAGGUGUUACAGAUUGAAUUGUGUCCCCCAAAAAGACGUGUUGAAGUCCUAA